UGUACAUUCCCAAACGGUCUGCUUCAAUUUUCACUUCGGCUUGGGCAUGACCGCCCCGCGGAUGAACUCGCACCACUUGCGCGUCUUCUGCAAUCAAAUGCGGCAAGGUCCGACUCCUCCUCGGUUCACCUCCUGGCACUUUUUGCGCAACCCUCACCAUCGCGGAGCCUGAGGAAAACGCAUUGAGUCAAAAACAGGAGUCAUGUCAGCGGGACAGGGACUUUUGAACAGCGUCUUCUCCUGCUCUUCUCCAGCCUCGAAGGCUGCAACCAAACAGAGACUUCGGCAAACUAGGAGUCUGGACCCCGCUAUCAUCAGACAAUGCGGCAACGGGACCGAAAUCGCAAGUGGCUCGCAGGUGUCCGGAUCAACUGUGCAGGACGCAGGUGCGUCCUCGAACCCGUCUGCGCGCAUCAAGACUUUAACGCUCAAAGAACCCAUCGCACCAUCCAUCUCGUCUCCCUCCAUACCUUCGGACGUGUCCCCUUCGUCCAACUUUCAAUUUGACUACGAGGUAGGAAAGCGUUCCAAACGGAACACGACUGGGGAUUUAGCAGUCUUGGUGCGAGGCUACGCGUUCACGCCGCCCGCUAGUACAGGCGCGCUCUUCUCGCCUCGGAGGUGGCUCCAGAAGAGGACCCAGCCGCCGAGUUCGCAAGCUCACGUCGCGUGGAAGCCAGAGGGUGACUUCACCUGGAACAGCCUGUCUGGUCAAAGUGUGCGUCUGACUCCAGUUGCCAUCCAGAGCCUGUCCGAACUGGAGAGGGCCCGGCUCCAGGAAGUGGCCUAUGCCCGUUUGCACCAUGACUAUGACGUUGGAUGCCAGAUUACUGUGCCAAAAGAUGGACAGAAGAGGAAAAAGUCACUGCGGAGGAAACUGGAUUCUUUAUCCAAAGAGAAGAGUAAAGACAAAGAGGGUGUUCCUCAGGCCUUCAGUAUACCCCUCUCACAGGUCAUCGCAAAUGACAGGACGCAUAGGCAACGCCAGGACGGCUAUCGUCAGGAUCCGCCGCAGCGAGAGGAUCACAAGGACUCGUCUGACCUUGUCUCUUCCAUUCUCCAGUUUGCGACAAAGCGAUCGUCUAAUAAGGAGCUCUCUAGCAGUAACUCCUCAUUGAGCUCCACGUCAGAAACAGCGAAUGAGUCAACGUCGCCCAACACGCCUGAGGCUGCACCACGAGUGCGCAGACGGGGUGGAAUGUCGGUGGAUUCGAUCACGGAUUUGGACGACAACCAGUCCCGCCUGCUGGAGGCGCUGCAGCUCUCCCUGCCUGCCGAGACACCGAGUAAGAAGGAGAAACACAGGGACAAACGGCUGAGCCUCAAUCCGAUAUACCGGCAGGUUCCGCGUGUAGUUGACAGCUGCUGCCGACACAUUGAGAAAUACGGUUUGCAGACAGUGGGGAUUUUCAGGGUGGGAAGUUCAAAGAAAAGAGUUCGACAGUUACGAGAGGAGUUUGACCGUGGCGUUGAUGUCCAUUUAGAUGAGGAGCACAGCGUUCAUGACGUGGCAGCUUUGUUGAAGGAGUUCCUGAGGGACAUGCCUGACCCACUUCUCACCAAGGAGCUCUAUACCGCCUUCAUAAACACGACAUUGUUGGAUCUAGAGGAGCAGCAAAGUGUCAUGCAGCUACUGGUGUACCUGCUCCCAGCAUCCAACAGCGACACACUCCACCGUCUCUUGGCGUUCCUUUCCACCGUGGCCGACCACGCUCAUGAUAGGCAAGACAAAGACAGACAGGAGAUCGUGGGGAACAAGAUGACUCCUUUAAACCUCGCCACCAUCUUCGGCCCCAACCUGCUGCAUAAACUAAAAUCUUCAGACAAGGAAUUCAGCGUCCAGAGCUCAGCCCGGGCCGAGGAGAGCACAGCUGUCAUCGCCACGCUACAGAAAAUGAUCGCCAGCUACCAGACCCUCUUCAUGGUCCCGCCUGACCUGCAAAAUGAAGUUUUAAUGAGUCUGCUGGAGACGGACCCCGAUGUGGUGGACUACCUCCUGAGACGAAAAGCGUCACAGAGUACCGAUCUACUCCACUCUGAGGAGCCCUUCGCCCUGAGCGAACGCCGCUCCUCCAGCGAUUCCAACAAGCCGUCCAGCGGGGAGGUGUCCCCUUAUGACAACAACUCCCCCAUCCUGAGCGAACGUAGAGGGGACACAGGGAAGCCAGGCGGUACACUGAUGGCAGGCUGGGCCGGCGAGUCAGGAACCGACGGCAGGGUGGGAGCAGACUGUAUCUCGGAGGAACAUGCUAACAUUUGGGGUACGUGGCACGCGACUCUCAAACCAGCACUCAAGGACCAGACUUUUACAGGUUCCCAUGGCAACGUGUCCGAGGGAAGCCCCCGCAGCUCACAGGAAGGACCUGAUGGACUCCACAGUGACAGCAGACACCAGCUGAUGGCGCCGCCGACGAGGACGCUGCCUGGCAUUGCUGAGUGCAGACCCCACUUGCCACUGACCCGCGUAUGCACGAGUCCUCACCUGCAGCCAGCCAUCGAUCGGUCUGCGCAGGUCCUCGAGCACGCCCACGGAGCCUGCACGUCAUCGGGAUUGAAAGGCUGGGUAAACGCAAACGAAAGCGGCCGGUUCCCUCCUCCUUAUCACGCUCAUCACCACCUGGCCGUUAGCCAAAGUUCACCUGGGCUUGCCGCAGCGCAGCAGCACCCCCUGCAGCACAAGAGGUCAGGUGCCGAGCAGAGAAACUCGGAUGGGACCGUGAUGCCGCACAGCCCGGAGUGGCAGGACUGGCAGCGGGACCGCUGGCAAAUAUGGCAGCUGCUCUCUUCAGACAGCGCAGACACGCUACCGGAGACACUUGUGUGAGGCCAUCGAGUCUGGCACUAUGUCCGAUUUGAUGAAUGCUCGGAAUAACUUUCCUCUUGUAAUCACUCGGCCUCGUCUUUUCUCCCUGUCCGUCCGUCCCUGGAUGUGCCAUCACGUUCAUGCCAUGGCAAUCUUCUUGUUUACAUGUUCAGCUGCUGCCUUCUACAGAUUUUAAAACUUGUAUGAGCCACCCCUCAUUAUUCCCCUCUCGGAAAUUGUUUCUGCCCCUCAUUUCAGAGAGAAGCGUUUGAAAACGUUCGACCAGAAAUACCUCAGAAAUCAUCACAACACGUCGAAAUAUUGCCACAAAUGCCAACAUGUUUGUGUUUAUUUUUAGUAGCAAACAGUAGGAACAGUCCAGUUCAUCAAAAGGCAACUUCCAGACGGCAGUCUUGAUUUUGGCCACUGUUUCAAACAAACUUCUUAUACACACCACUUAAAGGAGUUCAUCAAAUAUUUGAUUUGAAGUGUGUCUGUCCUUCAAGCCUUUGACCUAAAUGUUAGUCUUUGUAAGACUGUUCUUUUUUUCUUCAGUGUUGAAUGUAAUUAUGAUAUUAAAGCACUCAGCUCUAAGUUUUCUACCUGCUGCACCAUGAGAUGUACCAAAGUUAUAUUGUUUGAUUUUUUAUUCCCCCCCCACCCCCAUUUCAUUUCAGGAUAUCCAUUGUGUUCAUAUACUUGUUGACAAGAAUGGCUUAUAGGCAGGCCAAGAAUGUUUGCAUUACAUUUCAGGAAUUCCAUGUUAGUUUCUGUCUCAUGCCAGCAAAAUACACCAAAACUAUACUGUGAGUCAGUGACAAAAUAAUAAAAUAAAGGUACAAGUAUAAUUUUGAAAAGGCCAAAUGUGAAAUAUUUCCUCACACUGGGCAACCCAAUAACCACAAUUACACAUUUGUAACAGAUAAUUCUUCACAUUUGAUGGCAUUGUUGAUCUACUGAUCAGCAUAAUCAAAUUUCCAUUCCAGUUUCGUCAAUGUGCUGCUCUUGUUGUCUGAUUGUGUGCUUAGGAUAAUGUCGUAACUUGUCAUGAGUAACCUUUAUUGCCGCAGUUAACUGAGCUACCUGCAAGCCUGGACACAUAUGGAACAAAACGUUUUAGCUUGAACAUGGUCAUAGAAUUAAUAUGAAUAAUUAAAGAGCGCUUCUGAAUGAAACCGCAAACCAAGCCAGCUAACUCAUCCUGAAGACUCAAUGACGUGGGUAUUUGCUGGCAAAUACUUUACAAUUUAUAUUUCUUUGAAGGGGUAAAGUAAAAGACACAUGCAAGAAGAGUCGAGCAUUCUGAUGAAAACCUGGCAUCACCUAUCAUAAUGAAAUUCUACGGUUUUCAUCUUUGCUGCUCUCCAAGAAUGUGGAGUGCCUUCUGUUAAGAGUUGGGACAUUUAAGGGGCAUGCCAUAGCUCAUAACUUGGCGUCAUGUUUUUUUUUUUUUGGGGGGGGGGGGUAUCUGCAAAAGUGCUUUGCUUUCCAUAGUAUAUGAUAUGAUAUGCAGUAUAUAUGUUGUUUUAUUCCAAAUUUAAAAAAACACGUUUUUAAAAAGUUACAAAUGUCCCUAGAGUUUUUGCAAUCCUACAUAUAUUAUACCGUGAUGGAUUUAUUGACAAUAGCGGGGUUUACUGGUCCAAUUUGUCAUGUAAUAUUUUCCUACUUGCUUUUUUCUUUUCUCGAACCACAUGAGUUAUAUGUAUGUUACAGUGAAAAUAAAAAUGCUUAAAUUCA